AUGAAAUACACUGUUGCUUAUCUGUGUGUUCUGUGGUCUUUUCUACGUGCCUUUGAUCAAUGCGCCGUGCCAGCCUCUGAGUUUCAGCUACAAGGAGAUUAUUUGAUAGGUGGACUUUUUGAUAUUCAUCAUGUUGAUGGCUCUUUUUAUCACCACAGACCAGAAGUCAUUGACUGCUCCAGUGCACCUUUUAUUCUGUCCAGUUAUCGGAGGUUUCAGCUGAUGAGAUUCUCUGUAGAAGAAAUCAACAACUCUACCAAGUUACUGCCAAAUGUGUUCCUUGGCUAUGAAAUGUUUGAUCACUGCACAGAUGCUGCCAGUUUCCCAGGACCUUUCAACCUAAUCUCUACUAAUGGUUUAAUCCGGCCUCUGGAGGAGCCACACGGGAAUUUGUCCAAGGUGAUAGCGGUGGUCGGCACCUAUACAAGCCAAAAGGCACGGACUGUAGCCCCACUGUUCAUGAUGGAUCUUAUUCCUAUGGUCAGUUAUGGAGCUGCCAGUUCAAUCUUUUCCAGAAAACAGAGUUUCCCCUCUUUCAUGAGAACAGUGCAUCCCAAUAAAGAUGUAGUUGAAGUGAUUUUGAGCAUUUUGAGGGAAUUCAACUGGAAAUGGGUUGCUUUCCUUUAUGUUAAUGAUGAUUAUGGCACAGAUGGGCUGGACUUAUUUAUGAAGAAAACUAAGGGCACUGGAAUCUGCCUGGCUUAUAACAAAGGCCUUGAUCAUGACACUGAUUACAAAGCAACAUUAAAUCAGAUUAAUGCACAAAACAUAAACGUCAUUAUUGUUUUUGCACCUGAAUGGACUGUUGAAGAGCUCAUGAAGUCAGUGAAAGAACAACAUGUCACAAACAAGGUGUGGAUAGCUGGAGAUGCAUGGUCCUUAAACAAAAAUAUACAAGACCAGACAAAAGGAAUCAAAGCUCUUGGAACUGUGCUUGGGGUUGCUGAGCCUAAAAUAACUAUACCCGGUUUCAGUGAGUUCAUUCAUUCUCUCAAAGCCCAGAGUCACUGUGAAAAUGCAGAACAGGAAUUCUGUAACCAGCUUUGCAACUGCAGUGGUCUCAGUGCUGAGGAAAUCAUUGAUGCAGACCCAUCCUUCUCCAUCCCUGUUUAUUCUGCGGUGUAUUCCAUUGCUCACGCCUUACACAAUGUCUUACAAUGUGGAGCCGGAAGAUGUAAAGACAAUAUCACAGUCUACCCCUACAUGGUUCUCACAGAGCUGAGAAAGUCAAAUUUCACACUUUUAAAUUACACUGUUCAGUUUGAUGAGAAUGGUGACCCCAUGUUUGGAUCCUACGCAAUAGUUUUUUGGGACCAAAGUUCUGAUAUACAAGAGGUUGGCUAUUAUAAUUUUAAUGGAUUUAAUUUCUCCAUCAACAGCACCAAAAUUAAGUGGCACACAACAACAGGACAAGUACCUACUUCAGUGUGUUCUAAAGAAUGUGAUGUAGGGUACAAGAAAACACAAGAUGGAAUCCAUGAAUGCUGCUUCAAUUGUACAAUCUGUCCAAAUGGGACUUACAUAAACAGCACAGGGGAUCCAUACAAGUGCAUUAACUGUAAGGACACAGAAUGGUCUGAAGAAGGAAGUACAUCAUGCAAUCCACGGGCGGUGGAGUAUAUACCAUUUACAGACAUUUGGGCUGUAGGGAUCAUGGUCUGUGCCCUUGCCUUGGUGUUCAUCUCACUGGCUUCGUCUGUUCUCUUUGCCCUGAACUACAACACACCCGUUGUCAAAUCUGCUGGGGGGCCAAUGUGCUUUCUUAUUUUAGGCUGUCUCAGUUUGUCUAGCCUUAGUGUAUUUUUUUAUUUUGGCAAACCAACAGUUGCGUUCUGUAUCUUAAGAUACUCACCAUUUCUUUUAUUCUUCACUGUCUGCUUAGCGUGUUUUGUUGUGCGCUCUUUUCAAAUUGUUUGUAUUUUCAAAAUAGCAGCCCAGAUACCCAAGCUCCACAGUUGGUGGAUGAAAUAUCACGGACAAUGGCUGUUCAUUGCUGUGGCAUUUGUGACACAGGCAAUUUUCAUUCUUAUUAACUUCACAUAUGCCACCCCCAGAUCCAAAAAGGACAUGUACUGGGACCCCCAAAAAAUCAUCCUUGAUUGUGAAAUUGAUUUUAAAGCAGCAUCUGUUUCUCUGGUUUUACCUUUAUCAUUGUGCUCUCUUUGCUUUGUUUUCUCCUACAUGGGGAAAGACCUCCCAAAAAAUUACAAUGAGGCCAAAGCAAUAACCUUCUGCCUCCUCCUGCUGAUCCUCACCUGGAUCAUCUUUGCCACUGGGAGGAUCCUCUAUCAUGGCAAGUACAUUCAGCCUCUGCAGGCUCUGGCAGUACUCUCCAGUCUCUACUCCUUUCUGUUGUGGUAUUUCUUUCCCAAAUGUUACAUUGUAAUUUUUCAACCCCAAAAAAACACACAACAGUACUUUCAAAGUCUUAUACAGAGCUAUACCAAAACUAUUAGCCAGUAGCUGGCUCAUGUAGAUUUGAGGUGGUGUAGACAAAGGAAUGAUGUGCUUCAAGCUUUAUAUAUUUCUUCAGUGUAGUGAUAAGAAUUUUGUUUUUUAGCGUAAAUAGCUUAUAGGAAA